GCCAUGCCCCGGGCCGCCUCCGGGGCGGCAUCGCGGGGCGGCCGGGGGGGACGAUGAAGCGGCAGAACGUGCGCACGCUGGCGCUCAUCGUCUGCACCUUCACCUACCUGCUGGUGGGCGCCGCCGUCUUCGACGCGCUGGAGUCGGAGCCCGAGACGGCCGAGAGGUUGGGGCUGGAGCUGCGGCAGCGCCAGCUCCGAGCGCGUUACAACCUCAGCCGGGGCGGCUACGAGGAGCUGGAGCGCGUCGUGCUGCGGCUCAAGCCGCACAAGGCCGGCGUCCAGUGGCGCUUCGCCGGCUCCUUCUACUUCGCCAUCACCGUCAUCACCACCAUCGGAUACGGUCACGCGGCCCCAAGCACAGAUGGCGGGAAGGUCUUCUGCAUGUUCUACGCCCUGCUGGGCAUUCCCCUCACCCUGGUCAUGUUUCAGAGCCUGGGUGAGCGCAUCAACACCUUCGUGAAAUACCUGCUGCACCGUGCCAAGAAGGGGCUGGGAAUGCGCCGGGCAGACGUCUCCAUGGCGAACAUGGUCAUCAUCGGGUUCUUCUCCUGUAUCAGCACUCUGUGCAUAGGGGCUGCCGCCUUUUCCUACUACGAGCAGUGGACCUUCUUCCAAGCCUAUUACUACUGCUUCAUCACCCUGACCACCAUUGGCUUUGGGGACUACGUGGCCCUGCAGAAGGACCAAGCGCUACAGACGAAGCCACAGUACGUGGCCUUCAGCUUCGUGUACAUCCUCACGGGGCUGACGGUCAUCGGUGCUUUCCUCAACCUGGUGGUGCUGCGCUUCAUGACUAUGAACGCCGAGGACGAGAAGCGGGACGCCGAGCACCGUGCCCUGCUGACCCGCAACGGGCAGGCCGGGGGCAGCGUCCACACCACGGACACGGCCUCCUCCACGGUGGCGGGCGGGGGCGGCUUCCGAAACGUCUACGCCGAAGUGCUGCACUUCCAAUCGAUGUGCUCCUGCCUCUGGUACAAGAGCCGGGAGAAGCUGCAGUAUUCCAUCCCCAUGAUCAUCCCCCGGGACCUGUCCACCUCCGACACGUGUGUGGAGCAGAGCCAGUCCUCUCCCGGAGCUGGCUGCUACACCGACACCCCCUCCCAUCGCUGCCUCUGCACAGCGCAGCGCUCGGCCAUCAGCUCCGUGUCCACUGGCCUGCACAGCCUUUCCGCCUUCCGCGGCCUCAUGAAGCGCCGCAGUUCAGUGUGACCGGCGGGAUGGGAAUGGGUGAGGCCAAGGGGCAGACCCAGCCACCCUGCAGGAGAAGAGCCCGGGGGACUCGUAUCAGCGGUCCAAGCGAGAGACCAGACAGGCUUGUCUCUCCACAGGGAGAGCUAAAGUCGGCUCCAUAGAUACUACGGAACCGAGUCAAGGAGGUCCACUGGGAGCAGUAGAUGUGGGCACAGAUGGGGUGUGCCCCCUCUCCCUUCCCCUCCAGCCUCCAGAAGUUUCCUGAGCUCGGGGCCCGUGGGCCUUCUCUACAGGUAGACGCCUGUCCCUGUUGACACGAGCCGGCCCUGGCCUCGGGCCGGAGGCCUGUCCGCUGUGCUCUCCUGUCCCCCGACGGACUCUGUCCUCUGCAAAAUUCCACAAAAUGUGAAACUUGGCCCGGGCAGAAGGGACCACCGGGAGCUUUGGAAAGCUGCGGGACUGCCCCAGGACCUGCAGACCGGCUGCUCCCCAGAACCCUUGCCUCCCCGGGAGGGGGCUUCUUUGUGUUAUGUGUAUGUUUGCCUCUCUAUUUAUACCUCUCAGCGUCAGUUGGUGUCUCGUGGGUGUAGUUCUCCAAACGUGGAAUUCUCGUCUCCCUCCCUUUGCUCAGCCGUUGUUGUGGCGUCCUGCCCGCCUCCCGGCCCCCACGCCCAACCUGGACCCUUUCUCCCUCCCUUUGGCCUUGAGCUGAAUCUCCUGAACUUCUUCCACUUUUUUCUUCAGCAUGGCUUUGCAGAUAUGGGGAUGGUUCAACCCAGUAGUUUCAAGAGCAGGAGAGAAGGCAGGAGAUGGAAAAGAGGAGUGGAAGGUAGACAGAGGAGGUGAGCGAUGCUUCUCCAUCCUCCAGCCGAACUCCAGGUGGAGUUUUGGGGAAUUAGACACCUAAGAAGAAACUUCUUCCCCUCCUACCUCCUUUUCCCCUCCCUUCCUGACCCUUAGUGAGUGGGCAAUGUUCUCCUGACCGCUCCACUUGCCUUGUUGGUCCUAUCUCCCCUUCUGAGUACCUCUGGUGAAGAGGAAAGUUUGCAAGGAAACCAGAAGUUAGGGGACGGGGGCAUAAGCUGGAAGAUGCAGCUAAACCCUGGGGCGUGAUCAAGACCAGGGUGGUUAUCCUGGACCACUGACUGCUACUGCCACCUCCCUGAAGAACAGGGAGAUAAUGACCAAUAGGUAGGUGGUCCCUCCGCCUUGAUCUCCCCAAAUCUUGGUGUGAUGGACGCUUGCAAGUGCAGACACUCUCUACGUAAAGCUGCCGGGGGUGAACCCGAGAGGCUCCCGGCUGUUCCUGAAGUCCAUUUACAGAGAAAUCUCCAAAGCAGGAAGGGACUUAAGAAAGAGCAGGAGUCAUGGGGGGAGAGUUGAGGGUUGGAGGAGCAGAAGAGAGAGAGAUGGAAACCAUCCACCUUGGGCCUUCCGCCUGGGACCAAAUUCCUUAAAGCCAACAGCCUUCCUCUUGCCUCUGUGCCCCCAGGCCCCUGUCUUGGGCCAGGAAUGGCUGAGGCAGUGGAAACCAAGACAGACGGAGGAAGGCAGGCGAGGAGAUGGAGGAGAUCAGAGAUGGCUGGGCCCGGUGACGGCCUCGGGCAAGACUGAGAAUUGGCUAAAGUCGAAUUAGAACCCUUCCGGUGUGGCCCGUAGCCGGUGCCCGCCGCUGGCUCCACUACUGCUUCCACCACUGGCCUCCCUUCUAACCCUGUCCCUUUGCCAGCUGAGCAGCAGCCUAUGCUCAGGGUGCAUGGAGGGAAGGUGGUGCUCAAAGGCGCAGGGGAGAGGAUGCUGAAAAAGUUAUAUCAAACACAAACUUGGCUUUGCUUUUGAUGCCCCUCAGUUGUGGGGAGCACCCUGAGGUGGGAACUUACGCCAUCCGCCGCACAGACUGGCCUCGCUUAGGUCUACAGAACAAUGAAAGCUACAAAAACGGGUCUGGAAAUGGGUUGACGGAGCCAGGUCAGACUUUUUAUUUCCCUUGAAACUCUUGCUCUCUGGGGAAUUUUUAGCUUUAACCCUUCCCAGCCACAACUGCCAUGAGAAAGCGAGGGUCAGGACUCUUGAGAAAGGAAAAGGGCAGAAAGAAAGACAACUCCGGACUCUUCCUUGGCCAAUCCAGGGAUGCAGAAGGGGCCACAAGUCCAUGAGGGUGAGGGGGGGAUGACAAGAGGGGUGUGUGUAUGCACGCUUCAGUUCUCCCCUCUCCAAGCACUAUAUUAAAAGGAAAGGUUUUUGUCUCUGCCCUUGGAUAGGAGUCCAUCUAUCAGUCUGUGUCCAGUCGCUGGCCUCACAGGCUGUCUACAUGUCUGUGGCAUCUCUCCCGGGGGAAGCAAUAACUAGGGGUUAGGAGGGGGUGUCGGCUGGCUUUCCAGAGAGCUUCCUCCCUCCGCCCUUGCCAUGUCUGUGUAUCUGUGGGGCUGGCUGUUUUCUGUCCUGUGUGUGACUCUGCAGGGGCCAGGCCCUGAGAUGUCCGUCCCAUUGGCCCUGAGAAGCUGCUGCUGAUUUCCUGCAAAGAGGAGCCCAGAGGGCACGGAGCCAUCUGCUGCAGCUCCGGGGAGACGACUGAGAGAGAAGCGGAACGGGAUGGAGUGAUUUGCAGGAAUCAGAAGGCCACCUGGCUCGACACCGGACCUGAUCUUGGGGCAAGGAAAACAUGCUGCCGCUCUCCUGCCCCCCUUUAUUUCCCUCCUGCAGGUGGCCUCUCUGCUUCCCCUGGUGCCUUACCACUGGGCACGUUGCCACAAAAUAUGCAACUUAAGGGGGAGAAAUCCUCCCAAGGAACGCGCUGUACUCCAAGGGGCUGUGGGCUUCCCAAUGCCUCCCAGCAACCCUUCCUGCCUAGCUGUCUUCACACUGAGAAUGGCACCUAAUAAAGGCUGUACAUAGAGACCGGGGCCAGGCUGCCGUGACUUCUGUAACCUCCAGGCCAGCCCCCCGUCUGGGGAGGAGAGCACCCUCAGCCCCUAGCCCCACUUGUCAAUUCUGGGCAGCUGCCCCAGGUCUGCUCAUUAGGGAUCGGCCGCUCUCUGUGUGAGAGUCAGAACCACUUGGUCUGGGACCUCCGGACCUAAUGCUUCACGGGCUCAGUCUGGGGGCGAAAACGGGCAGAUUCAGCAGUGAACUUCCAAGAAGUAGUUCCACUCCCUAAACACCUCUUCCUCUCCCCAACGCCGUGGCCGGAAGCACUGGCCCCGCACCGCAUCCACUGACGUUCAAGCAGAAAACAAACCAGGCCCAGGGGAGAGGAAUGGUGUCCUGAGAGUGACUGCCUGACAAAGGCAUAUAAACAUCCAGAAGCAAAGGCCAACUGGUGGCAUGGGACCUACUCAAAUGGUUGCUUCCAGAUGCUGGGCCAAGGCCAGCCUGCCUGCUGCGGAGAUGGGUGCUCGAGACCCGGCUGGAUCGAACCCCCUAGCGUGCCGGGGCCGAUUAAAGAAACCUCCGGCCAUGUAGAGAAUGGUCCCAAUCCCCCUCGGAACGGUGUCAUUGGGUGCUAAUCCCAGGAUCAACUGCUACCGAAAAUGAUUUAAACUUGGACCGCUGACCCCUCCCCCUACAGAAUGGACAGCUGGUCCAAACCCCUCACUGGCAACACUCUGUUUAAGUAGGGCACCGCUGCUACUGUGGACACUGGAGGGCCACAUGGGUCACGGAGAUGAGAAGAGCAGCCCAGCUGUCCCCAGCUGUGACCAAUCAGGGGCAGUUUGUGCAAAGGAACCAUUCUGUACUCUUGACUUGUGUUGCACUAUGGGCAGAGCCAACCCAGGGGAGUCUGAGGGUGGCGGUUAUGGUGGGACUCCCCCACCCACCCCCAAUUUGGCCCAAACCUCCCUAGUGCAAGCAAGAUCUCCCCUUGAUGGGCAGGUGGUGCUUUAACCACCAGAGAGAAAGCGGGGAGAAGGGCAGGAUAAGGAGAGGGAAGGAGAAAGAAGGAGGGAGAGAGAAAGAGAGUGUGUGUGUAAUGGGAGCAAUCCGCUAGGCACUCAGCACCAUUAAAGGGCCUGAGUCAGGCAGCUGCAGUGUGAGGGGAAAAGCACAGCCCAAAUCAGCACCUGCCUUCCUCCAGACUGCGGCUCGGUCUUGUCCUUUAAAAGCUUUUCCUCCUCCCUGCCCCUUUAGUUGGGAGGGAAGUGGCUGUCCUCAAACGUGCCAGGAGACCAAAAGCCCUCACCCCAUUCUGCCCCAAAGUGACACGGGCAGGGACUCAGCACCAUCCAGCCAGAAGCCCCAAACUAAGGGCCCGUGGCCGCCCGUCUGGUGCUUCGGAAAAUGAGAACGCUCUGUUUCCUCGGCAAGCCAGGGAGCAAUUGGAAAGGGAAAAAACUUGUCAUGGAAAAUCUCCAGCUCCCUCCUAAUCUCCUGUCUGGCACUGCUGCUUCAAACCCACAAAUCAGAUUAGCCAGCAGCUCUGUUUCCUGGGCAGGGACGAAGGAGGAGGCGGGGAGAGAGGAGAGGAGACAAACAGAACUGAGCGUGGCAUAAAAGAGGGCUAUAGCCAGGCAAGCAGGGGUGGUGGAGGGAGCAGUGGAGAAUGGGGACCCCAGGGAAAGAAGUUAUGAGGGGUGGGAGGAUGGGGGCUGAGGCCCCUCCUGGAGCUGGCUGUGUGCUUCCCUGAGCACCCUGAAGAGGUACCCCAUGGUGCAAGGAAAAUGGUGGCCCCCAUCAUAGGUACAAGGGUGGGAAAGUGGGAGUCCCGUGGAUGGAUCUGUUGAAUGGUCUCUUUAUCGGCUUUGUACCUUUGAGGAGGUGCUUAAAUAUCUGAGUAUCUACCAAUCUCUGCCUAGGGAUUUUACUGAUUCUCAAAAUGGUGUCCCUCCUCCUCCUGCCAGAUCAGUUGGCAUUUCACUGCCUUUCACACCCUGAUACAACUCACCCCCCACUUUGGCAACACGAAGUCAAACUGGUACACUGACAAGCUCUGAACUCUCAUUGCACCUUGACACCCACACACUCCAAUAAUCAUUCACACCCUAAUACCCACUCACUCCCAAACUAACACAUUCUCCCACACUCACUGACACAUGGAAAUUGAUAUCCGCACACAGAUGUACCUUAAUACAUGCGUACUGACACAUG